AUGGAUGCUCAAUUUGUCAAAUCGUUAGAGGAACUUUUGAAGCAAACUUUGACUCCGGAUUCAUCAGUAAUCAAAGAAGCUUCUCAAAAAUUAAGUAAAGAUUAUUAUCCAAAUCCACAAGCAUUACCAUCAUUGCUUCAAAUUUUACAACAAUCAAGUCAAGAUGAAAUUAAAUUAUUAGCUGCAGUUGAAGCUAGAAAAUUAGCCAUUGACAAUUGGGAACAAGUUAAUGCAAAUUUAAAACCAGCAAUCAGACAAUCACUUUUGAAAAAUACUUUUGAAGAACAAAAUAAAAGAUUAAGAAAUUUAUCAGCUCGUGUAAUAGCAGCCAUUGCUGAAGUUGAUUUGGAUGCAAAUGAAUGGACUGAUUUAUUACCAAAUUUAAUUAAUGCAAUUCAAAGUUCCGAUACACAAACUAAAGAAGUUGCAACUUUUACAUUAUUAGCUAUGUUAGAAUCACAAAUUUCAGCAUUAUUACCACACAUUAAUGAUUUUAUCAGUUUAUUUGGAAAUUUGUUACAAGAUCCUUCGUCAAAAGAAGUUAGAGUUAAUUCCGUUUUAGCUUUAGAUGUUCUUUCACAAAUUAUAGAAGAUGAUGAUGCAGCAGAUGAACAAAUUCAAGAAAAAUUUAAAGCUACAAUUCCAGGUAUGGUUGAAGUUUUAAAGGAGGUUGUUGCAUCUGAUGAUACUGAACUGGCUAAACAAGUAUUCAAUGUCUUUAAUGGAUUAGUUUUGAUUGAUACUGCUUUAGUUGGAGAUCAUUUAAUUAACUUGAUUAAAAUGAUUUGUGAAAUGGUCACAAACACCUCCUUAGAUGAAAAUUAUAGAAUUUUUGGUUUACAAUUUUUAAUUUCAUGUAUUAGUUAUAGAAAAGCCAAAAUUACAAGCAAUAAAUUAGGUCCACAAAUUACAAUGGUUGGAUUAAAAGUUGCAUCUGAAGAAAUUGAUGUUGAAGAUGAAUUAGAAAAUGAAGACGAAGAAAAUGAAAAUGAAGAAAGUUCACCACCAUCAUUAGCAUUAAGAUUAUUAGCUAUAUUAGCAGCUGAAUUGCCACCAUCACAAGUUAUUACACCAUUAUUUGAAGCAUUACCACCUUUAUUAUCUUCUAGCAAUCAAUUCGAAAGACGUGCUGGAUUAUUAUCUAUUGGUGUUUGCUCUGCGGGUGCUCCAGAUUAUAUUGCUUCACAAAUUCAAAAAAUCAUUCCAGCUUUGAUCAAUGGUUUAAAGGAUUCUCAAAUUAUUGUUAGAGUUGCAGCUUUGAGAACUUUAUCACAAUUAACUUCAGAACUUCAAGAUAUUGUUACAGAUUAUCAUGAACAAUUAUUACCAUUAAUUAUUGAAAUUAUUGAUUCAGCUUCUUCGGUUAUGGCUUAUAAAUACGCUUGUUAUGCAUUGGAUGGAUUAAUUGAAUUCAUGAGUCAUGACGCUAUGAGCAAAUACAUUGAACCAUUGAUGCAUAAAUUAUUCCAUAUGUUAAGUCAAGCAAAUUCAUCUACUUUGAAAACAGCUAUUGUUUCGGCUAUUGGAUCAACUGCUUUCGCAAGUGGUAAGAGUUUUACUCCAUAUUUUGAAGGUUCAAUCCAACAAUUAGAACCUUUCAUUACAAAUUCAGCUUCAGUAGAUGGUAUGAGUGAAGAUGAUAUUGAAUUAAGAGCAACUACUUUUGAAAACAUAUCAACAAUGGCUAGAGCUGUUGGAUCACAAACUUUUUCAAUUUAUGCUAAACCAUUAGUUGAAGCUGCUUAUAAUUCAUUAAGUUCAGAACAUUCAAGAAUUAGAGAAUCAGGUUUUGCUUUCAUUGCAAAUAUGGCUAAGGUAUAUGGUCCAGAAUUUGCAGGAUUCUUAGAUCAAAUUGUCCCACAAAUUUUACAAUGUUUAGAACAAGAAGAAUUCACUUUCAAUGUUGAAGGUGGUGAAGGUGAUGAUGAAGACGAACUUGACGAAGAAGCCGAAAAUGAUGAUCCAUUAAAAGUCCAUACCGGUAUUACUAUUGAAAAAGAAAUUGCAUCAGUUGCUCUUGGUGAAUUAGCUAUUGGAACCGGAAAGGAAUUUUUUAAAUAUGUUGAACCAUCAAUCACAGCUUUAGCUGAACAAGUUGCUAAUUCUUUUGGUAUGAGAGAAGCUGCUAUUAGUUGUUUAUUCAAAAUAGUUAAAGCUAUGUUUAUUGCUGUUCAAGGUAAAGAUUUCAAACCACCAAAGGGAGUUCCAAAACAAUCAUAUGUUGAUUCUAAUAUCUUAGAAUUAAUCAAACAAGUCAGAGGUAUUGCUAUCCCAUUAUUGGAAGAAGAAUUUGAAUCUACUAUGGUUGCUUGUAUCUUAGAUGGUAUUUCAAACUCAUUGUACACAUUUGGUUCAAUCUUCAUCGUUGACAGUCCAAGUGACACCACAAGUUUAGAACAAUUAUGUAUAUCAUUAAUGAAUUUAUUGAAAAAAGAUCAUCCAUGUCAAUUAGAAGAAGACGAAUUCCCAGAAGAAGAAGAUUCAUCAGAAACUGAGGUAUUACUUAACGAAUCAGCUUUAGAAGUUUUGAUUAAUUUAUCAAUUGCAUUGGAAGGUGAUUUUGUUAAAAUUUUUGCUUCAUUCAAAGAUUUAAUCUUAUCUAAAUUUGAUAGUAAAUCCAAGCCAUUAAAAGUUGGAUCAAUUGGUGCUAUAGCGGAAAUGGUUGGUGGUAUGAAAUCCUCAAAUCCAUAUUCAGAAGAAUUAUUACAAGUAUUUAUCCAAAAAUUUUCAACUGAUAAGUCUAUUGAAGUUAAAGGUAAUGCAGCUUAUGGUAUUGGAUUAAUUGUUGAAUACAGUCCAAUCGAUUUGACAUCAAGUUAUCCACAAAUUUUGGAAUUGUUAUUCCAUUUAUUAAAUAAAGUUGAUAAAAAAGCUGGUAGUGCUGAUGAUGAAGAAGCUAAAGAUGUUGUAAAUCGUGCAUACGCAAAUGCUUGUGGAUGUGUCUCAAGAUUAAUAUUGAAAAAUCAACAAGCAGUUCCAUUAGAACAUGUAAUUGGACCUUUACUUGAUCAUUUACCAUUAGAAACUGGAUUAGAAGAAAAUACUCCAAUCUUUGAAUCAAUAAUAAAAUUAUAUGAAUCAAAUAAUCAAACCAUUAUUGCACAAACUCCAAAAGUUGUUGAAAUAUUUGCAGGUGUAUUUAAAGCAGAAGAAGAAAGAAUUAAAUUAAUCAAUGAAAGUACUUUAGGUAGAGAAGAAAAUAUUGAUGCAAUGAAACAAUUUUCAAGUGAUGAAUUAAAACAAAAAGUUGUUGAUUUAUUAAAAUUCUUGAAUCAAAAAUAUGACGGUGUUGUAUCUCAUAAUGAAAUUUUAGGAGCAGUAAUUUCAUAG